AUGGAACAUUCAUGUGUUCAAUUAAACGAUUUACCUGAUGAAGUUCUUUUGAUUAUUUUCAAAAAAUUAAAUAAUGUCAAAGUACUCUAUUCCUUAAUGGGUAUCAAUAAACGAUUAGAUAAAAUUUUACAUGAUUCUAUUUUUACUACUAAUUUAACAUUAUUGAAAUAUUUAUUAUAUGAUUCUAUUUAUUCAUUAUCUAAUUCAAUGCUUGAUCGAUAUUGUGUGGAAAUCUUACCUAAAGUUAAUAAUAAAAUCAAAUGGCUUAAUCUUGAAUCAUCAUCUAUGAAACGUAUUCUUCUUUCUGCAAAGUAUCCUAAUUUAUUUGGACUUGGUAUAUAUAAUAUUGAAAAGGAAACUACGUUGCGUCUCUUUACAGGUAAGAUAUUUUUACUUGAAAUUCCUUCAAUUAAUAUAUUAAAAUAA